AUGAAAUACAAUUAUUCUAAAAACAAAAACAAAGAAUCUGGCUAAGGUCUAAACUUUAUAAGCAGAUUUUUGUAGAAUCAUAAAACUCAGUCAGUUAUAUUAGUAAUCACUCUCUUUCCAACUCUUGUGUUAGUAAUCUCUACUUAUUUAAUAUUAAUUUACUUUUAAGAUGUCUGCUUCUAAAUAGUUAAAGACUUCUCAAAUAAUUUAUUCUAAGAUUAGAUCACAAGUUCCAAACUCCUAAAUUCUGCAAUAGUAUAUUAGCUAAGCUCGUAAACUUAAAAAAUUGAUUGGUAGAUGAACUUAGUCAAUGAAUUUUUCGGGAAUGUUAUACAGGGCAAAGUAAUAAAAAAUAGUAAGUACAUACCAGCUAUUCUUAAUUUAGAUAGGAUUUACAAUUAAAAAGAAAACCAGAUUGUGUUAUAAAUGUUUAAAAAAAACUCUAUUUUGACUUCUGCUUGGCAUUUAGUUAGUUAAUCUUUCUUAACAGAAUUAGAUCAAACAUAGUUAUAAAGGUUACAUGAAGCAAUACUCAUUGAAUCUAUAAAGAAAUCUAUUUAGCUAGUUAAUAAAAACGAAAAUGGAAGAUGGAUGAAAUUCAAAGACUUUUAUUAUGGAUUUGAUUAUGAUGGAUUAAUCUACGCUGUGAGUGCUAAUGUUACUUACAAAGGGUACGUUCCUCCUAAAGGUUGCCCUUAUAUUGGAUAGUAUCUCAUGGAUGUUAGAUGCAGAUAUUAUUACAACCCAACUAUGGAAAAUUAUUCAACGAUGAUUUUUAACCCUUCCGUAUUUUUUACAGAUGUAACUCCUCUUUUAUUACAACCUUUUUGUAAAAGGAGACUAAAAUAUGAGUCAAAUGACCCUAAUUCAGAAUAUACUAAAUAUUCUGUUUUUUGUUUGACAUUAGAUCUCACUUUAAUUCCAAAAUAUUUUGAACAUUUUGGUAAUAAUUCAAAGCUUUAAUUUGUUUUGAAUCCUUCUUACCUCACUGUGGUUUACAAUUCUGAAUAAAAUUUGUAAAGGACUUAAGUUGUAACUAUAAAAGACAUAGAAACAUAAUACUUAUAAGAUUAAAACUAAGCAAUAUACUUUUUAAACAAUAUCACAUAAAAUAAUGACUUUAUCAUAAAAAAUACAAGCUUUGCAGAUUUAUUUGGAUUUACUUUAUCAAAUUAAUAUCUGUUUGAAUACAACAGAAACGGGACUGAGUGUUUAGUGAUUAAAAAUAUUGUAACAUUUAUUGAUAAAUUGCCAAAAUAUGAGUAUUAAAGAAAAGUUAAUCCAGCUCCGAAGUUUUAGGUUAAAAAUGCUUUUCUAUUUUUAGACAUUCUUUCAAAAGAAAAAAUGGAAUAAUAUUCAAAUAGCAUUUAGCAAUAAAUAUUAUAUUACAAUGUACUAUUUUCUUAUAUCAGUUUAGGAAUUACUAUACUCGUUUUAAUAAUACAUGGAAAAUACUCUUUGUAGUUUGGGACUUCGUUUUUAAAUCCUGUUAUUCAUUUAACAAAGAUUUUAAACUAAAUGAUUUCUCAAGAAAAUGAUUAAAAAAAGUAAGUUAAAGAUAAUUUGGUUUAGUAUUUACCGACCAUAGAAGACAUAAACAAAGAUAUGUGGAUUUUCGAAGAUUUGAAUAACUAUGAUUCACAGUAGUAGGAACAAAGUUAAAAGGAGCAAUGUUUUUCAAGUGAUACCUAGGAAUUAUUUAACAGUUUUCAAAAUCUUUUUAAGAUGCUGGCUUUUACUACGUAAAACCUGUACAAAGAUAAUGAAAGCAUGUCUCUUAUCAACUUGAAUAUUCAAAUUUAACACUUUGAUAAAUUUAGAAAUAACCGAGCGCUAGGAGUUUGCUAUAAUAACAUAGGUGUUAUUCACUAUAAAUGUGGUAGAUAUUAAGAAUCAAUAGAAAAUUUCUAGAAAUCAGUUGUGUUUGCAAAAUACGAGUUAGGAUUUUAUGACCAUGAGAUAAAUGGAGUUCAGAUAGUAAAAAACAUCAAAGAUUUUGCAAAUAUAUAUAAGGAGAAUGGUGAUCAAUAAUAAGCUCUAUACCAAUUUAAGUUUGAAAGGCACCUAAAUAAUAAAGAAUAAAAAGAUAAUAAUUAUCAAUAUUUAGAAAAAAAUGACCAUUUUUGGAAUUUGUACAAUAGAAAACUCAAUUUAAUAAAAGCACUUUAUUCACUUGCUGUAUAAAGCAAAGAGACAUAUCAUUAAGAAGUAUUAAUUGAACAAGUUCAUGAAUUAAUAAGUAUAAGCAAGUUAUAUUUGCCAGAUUCUAAUAAGAGAUUUAUGUAUGAGUGUUAUUUAUAACUUCUAACAAAUAAGUUGAAUAACUCUCUGUCAGAUUCUAUUCAAAUCUUAGAUUAAUUUGUCAAUUUUUACCUGAUAAAAUUUAAAAAGAACGAACUAAAAAAUGAAACAGAUAAAUCUAAAGAGCAGAAGGAUAACAAAUUUUAGAAACAUUUUUGUACAUAUGGGUAUUAAAAUAACAUUUUUAGUUUUUUAGAAUCCCCAAUUUAGAAUAAUAAUAAAAAUAGAUAGCAACUUCAAAAAUAUUUACCUGACAGUUAUAGAAAUUAUAAAAAUGCACAUUUAAAAUAUGCCAUAAAGGACUUAUUUGAUAAGCUAACAUAAUCGAAUCAAUAACAAUUAUCUGCUUCGAGUUGGAUUGAUCGUUCUAGAGCUAAAACUGCAAGUCAAAGUAAGCAAUCAAUUAAGAAACAAAACUAUAAAAUUAAACAAAGAAAAAGCACUCGAAUUGAAAAUUUUUCAAAUCAAAAAUGCUACUUUUAAGUAAAAAAAGUAAUUGAUUAAUUCAAGCUAUGUCGCUAUGAAUUCAGCUCAGAUAUUUUCUUUUAGUACUACGCCAUUGAAUAAGCUUAACAUCAAAUUACUUUAAAAAAUUACAAAAAUGCAGGGAUUAUUUUAACAAAUAUGCUAGAAAAAUGUGUACUUUACUCACCUCAUCUUAAAAGACAGGCAUUUAAUAUGCUAUGUAAACUAUUCAAAUAAUAAAAUAUUAAUAAUCCAGAGCUAUAAGAAAUAGCUAAUAAAUAUCAAAUUUUCACUGAUAGUUAUUUUAAAGUAUGCACUAUUUAAGCUUGCUUUAGCAAAUAUUCUCUAUUUAGAUCUUAUACUGUUUAAAAUGAUUUAAUCAAAGAUAUUUUAUUUAAAGAAAGAGAUCAAAUCGGUUUGCUAAACUAUUGUUUUGAAGAUCAUAACUACUAGCAGCUAGCGCAAUUUAUUAAUUUAAAAACUUUAAAUUCUAAAUUAGAAAUAUUUGAAAAUAUUUUCAUCAAAAUAUUCUUCGAAAAGUUACUUAAUAAAGACUUUAAAAGUUUAGAGAAAUAUGGAAUAUUUAAAUAAAAUUAGAAUGAAAUUCAAUAACUUUAACAAAGUUAAAAAGCUUUCUUAUAAAACUGUAAGAAAAUAUAAAAAUAAGAAUAAAAUCGAUCUUCAUUUAGUAGACCAAUUUAAAAUGAAUAAAAAAAUUUAAAAGAUUCCUUUAACAAUUAAUUUGAAGAAAUAAAAUUAAGUGAUAAUGUAGCCUAAUAAAAUAAAAAACCUACAUUUGCACAAAAGCUUCAGCUAAGACUUAAAGCUAAUAUAUAACAUAUUACAAAUAAUUAAAAUCAAUAAUUAAACUUAUAGUUAACUUAGUUUAAUCAAGAUGAUUCACUCCUGAAUCCAAACUCUUUAAUAAGAAAAUACACUUUUAGUACAUAAAGAAAUAAUUUAAAAAAUCACAAUACUGAAAAUUAGGAAGAAUUCAUUAAAGUAGGAAGUUCUGAAUAAAUAAUUUCUCAUAAUUUCGUCUCAGAAAAUAAAUUUGUAGAUUCAAGCCCAAAAUUAAGCUAACUAAAUUCAAACAAUAAAAAUGAAUUUAAUAAUUUUGAUUCAAGUGAUAAUAUUGUUAACAAAAACAAAUUUAAGUCAUAAUAGAAUUACAUGUUAGACAGCCAAAAUUUUCAAGUUUCUAAGUUUGCAAAACCAAAUAAUUUAGGAGAAAGUUUUUCUGGAUUAAAUUCAUAAUACAUUGAUAAUAUUAGUUAAGGGAAUAGUAUGCUAAAGAGUUAUGAAAACAAUAAUAUUAUUGAAGUUAUGGAUAGUAUUUAGUCUCCUACAAUUUUAAAGAAAAGAUUUACCAAAAAUAAACUUCUGAAUGAAGAAAAUUAUUGUUAAACCUUAAAUAAUAAUAAUAAUAAUUAGGAAAAGAAUAUCAAAAAACAGAUUAAUUGUCUUAAAUAAAUUAAUUAAAUUAAUAAUAAAACAAUGCAAUUAAUCAAAAUCCUUAGAAAUAAGAUAAUCAAAAUUAUGAAUAAAAGUAAAAAAUGA